AUAAUUCCAUCUUGCAUGCAGCUCUACAUUCCCGUGAGCCUCAACGAGCCUCCUCGCCCAUCCCCAUGGCUUCAAUUCCGCCGCUAAGAGCUGCCUCGGGCUGCUCUGUAUGUCGCCUGUCUGCAUUGCGACUUUUUGUUGGUAGCGCGAUAUCACCGAGGACUGCUCGAGCACCGUUCCGAAGCCAGUCGACGAGCCAAGCAACUGCCAGAUUCUCGACUUUCCGCCACACUGUUCCGUUACGAAAGGACCCCGCCAUCGUGGAGCAGAUUGAGAGGGAGCAACCGAACGAUGAAGAGAAGCAAGCAACGGAGCCUUCCGACUCCAAUGGCACGGAUUCACCAUGGUAUAUGCAGGUCGAGUCUCCGAAGCAUCCAACCCUAGUGGACGCGCUCCCACCACUACCAGACAUUCCCGAAGGAUCACCGCAGCUCACAGGCCCGCUGCUUAAGUUCGUGUCGGACGAUCUAGGACUCGAUGGGUUAUCGCUACUUGACCUUCGCAAUGUGGAUCCGCCGCCAGCACUGGGUACUGGUCUGCUUAUGCUAUUCGGCACGGCUCGCAGUGAGCGGCACUUGCAUGUCUCGGCGGAUCGCUUGGUCCGAUGGUUAAGGGGCCGCGGAAUCUCGUCCGACGCUGACGGGCUGCUGGGACGGAACGAGCUCAAAAUUCGUCUUCGGAGAAAGGCCCGCAAGGCAAAGAUGCUCGGGAAGGCCGGCCCUGCUCGCGAGUCGGACGACGGCAUCAGCACUGGUUGGAUCUGUGUCAACCUCGGCACGAUUGGAUGGUCUGAUGCGGAAGCACAAAUAGUCAGUGAGGACGGAAGAGUCAGCGGCUUUGGCGUUCCACAGACAGGGACUACGAUUGUGGUGCAAAUGUUUACUGAGUCGCGGAGGGCGGAGCUGGACUUGGAGACCUUCUGGAAUAAGUUGGCGAAGCGAAGCCAAGCUAAACAGGACGAACUGUUACAGCCCCCAGGUGUGGGCCCUCAACACAGCAAACCGAAGACCAACCCUUUUCAACAAUCCCAGACGCGACUCUUUUCUACGGUUCAAAGGAAGGAGUCUGCUUCCCAGCUUGGAGAAGACGCCUUGGCGGAAAAGGUACAGGCAGCACUGGUCAACCCCCACGCUAUUUCCGAAAUAUCUGACAUCUUAGCCCACGACACGGACGAGAAAGUCCGGCUCCUGGAGCAGAUGAAGACCUACCUGAGCAGCUUGCCGGCGUCGUCGGUCGUCCAGGCCCUGAGGCGCGGCGACCUCGCCGAAGGAGGCAAGCCGUCCGCCUUCCUGCGACUCUUCGAGCUUGCCCUGCUGAACCUCCCACCCGCUCAGACGUGGGGCCCGCGGCUAUGGCUCCACGUCACGGCACGAAAGCUGGGCCUGAUGGAGUACGGCCUCGACGACCUGGCAGCCCUGGCCGAGGAAAUGCGGCUCUCCGGGAUCGAUGCGACCCUCGACCAGUUCGCGGAUCUCAUCUGCGCCAUCUUUGCUCAGCCGGGCCAGGGCGACGACGCGGUGCGCGAGCAGUCCAGGCUCGCGAUGCGGGUCAUCGACACCAUGUACGAGCGAGGCCACAACGUCUUAUCCCACGACAUAGUCGUGCCCGCGAUCGAAUCCCUAGUCUGGUCCGGCGCCCGUGGAGCCGAGGUGGACAGGCUCCGAUCAACCCUAGAGUUCCUCCUGGAACAGGCCAACCUUCCCUUCAUGGGCGAGGAGCUGCUCCUCAGGCUUUUGGACGCAUACGCGAGCCAGGGCAACUGGGACAGGUUCUGGAAGGCGUGGCGGAACCCCCCGAGGUUCGGGGUGGCGCGGUCGGCGCAGAUGUACUCGUACCUCUUCCGGCGGUUCGCCGACACGCAGCACCAGUCCCUGUGCGUCGACGCCGUCCGGUGGUGUUUCCAGGAGAUGGUCAACGAGGAGCCGUCCGUACAGCCCCGCGGCGCCGUCCUGGAGGCGCUGAAGGCCUGCGUCCGUGUCGCGGACCCUCAGGCCGAGGCUAUCGCCGAGAACCUCGUCGUCAAGGAUAAGGACUCGGAAUUGCUUGCGAAUCGGGAGUUCGUGAAGCUGCUCAGGGAUAUUGGGGGGGCAUAGGAAUUGUGGCGGUGCCGUCCGGCGAAACUUGAAGAUGUUAGGAGGGUGGACGACAUCCUCUUCUGUCAUCCAGGUGUGCGUGUUAUUGUAUGUAUGUGUAUAUAUAUGUAUAUUAUGUAUACUAUUCUAGCCUCUUUGUCCCUGGUCAGACGCGGGUGGCUUCUCAUCUCACCAGAAUUCCACCAGUGUACCAACAGAGAAUCCAGUUUGAG